AUGCCUAAUUGCAGCAGGUUAGUCUUUCUGUUCCUUGUCACUUUGACUCUGGGUUUAAUCUUUGUACUGUUUUUCAUUGGGAGCUAUAGCAUUUCAGAAUCUUGCCUGAGCCCUGUGUGGCACCCAAAAUACACCCAGAGCAAAUACAAGACGACAAGAGUAAGGUCCAUCUGCAAAGUAAAUACCUCCGUUCUCCAGCUUCCCGACUUCUCUAAGGAACCAGCCCAGCUCCAGAACUUUAUGAAAUACAGGCAUUGCCGGGAAUUUGAACUGCUCCACAACCUUCCUGACAAAUGUAAGGAGGACGUCUUCUUGUUGCUGGUGGUAAAAUCCAACCCGUUCAACUAUGAUCGGAGGGAGAUGGUGCGGAAGACGUGGGGCAAGGAGCGGGAGGUACAAGGGGUAAGAAUCUGAAGGAUCUUCAUCGUGGCCCAGACCCCAGAUGUGCAGGAACAGGGUAAAGCGAACCAACUGUUGGAAAUAGAAAGCAAGGAGCACCAGGACAUCCUGCAGUGGGAUUUCCUGGACUCCUUCUUCAAUCUAACCCUCAAACAGUAUCUGUUCCUCCAGUGGAUGGAUAAUUACUGCCCAUCCGCCCAGUUUAUCUUCAACGGUGAUGAUGACGUCUUUGCUAACACUGACAACAUGGUGGAGUUCCUGUUGUUCUCUGCGUCGGCACAGAAGCAUCUGUAUGUGGGAUACCUCUUUGAAGGCAACAAGCUGGUACGUGACAAACGGAGCAAGUACUAUAUCCCCUUGAUAUUGUCCACCUCAAAUAUCUACGCGCCUUAUAUUGGGGGAGGGGGCAUCCUCAUGUCUUCCUACUCUGCCAAUGCCAUCUACAACGCUUCCCAGACUCUGCAGUUAUUCCCUAUCGAUGAUGCGUUCCUUGGGAUGUGCCUGGAAAAGGCUGGACUGAGCCCAAAGUCACAUGAUGGGUUCAGGACGCUUGGCAUCAAUGACCUGUUACGCAAAGGCAAAACUGAACAGCCCUGCAUUUUACGCAAGCUCAUGUUAGUCCACCGCUACCUGCCUCUCGAGUUGCUGCUCAUGUGGGAUGCUGUCAACAACCCCAACCUGAAGUGUGGCCAUCAACCCCAUCCAUGAAGCCACCUCACUGUUUCUUGACCUGAAGCUUUAAAUGAACUUUCGUGCCUGUCAAAAUCACUUUUGGCGGUUUUCUAUCCGUGAUUGGGAGUUGUGAGCUAAUAAUUCUUGCUUUUCAUAUACCACCUCGUCACAUCUUCGAGAACAG